AAAAAUAUUGAAAAAAAAUAUUUUCAAAAAAAUAUUUUCAAAAUAAAUAUCAAAAAAAAAAUCUCCACCUCCAACAUGAAUCUCGCUUCGCUCUAUCAUCGCGCCAGCGCCGUACAGCGUCGCGAUUCUAAGCAAAUCUUUCAAGAAUACAUUAAAGUGAUGAAAUGGCGCUCAGACGGUCAUGAUACGCUCAUCGAUAUCGGUUCCGGUUCGGGUAAUGUGCUUAUGGAAUAUAUAUAUCCAUUAUUGCCGCCGACAUUCAAUACCGUACUGUCGACAGACAUCUCGGCGCGUAUGGUGGAAUUCGCGCGCCAUAAUUAUGGUGCCAUUCGGCGCGUACAAUUCGAAGUGCUCGAUAUAGCUUGUGCCGAGUUGCCACAGCAAUUUUGCAAUCGUUUCGAUCAUGUGACCUCGUUCUACUGUCUGCAUUGGGUGCAAAAUCAAAAACGCGCUUUACAGAAUAUCCAUCAGCUGUUGCGUGUGUCGGGUGGCGACUGUUUGCUCGUGUUUCUCGCCAAUAAUCCCAUAUAUGAUGUGUACCUGGAAUUGGCGAAGUCGCAGAAAUGGCGUGAUUAUAUGCAAGAUGUGCAGGAGUUCAUCUCACCACUGCAUCACAGCAGUGAUCCGGGUGCGGAAUUCAGCAAACUGUUAGAGGAGACUGGCUUUGUGGACUUCACUGUGGAGAUACGCAAUGAGAUAUACGUUUAUGAUGGCACACAGAAUGUGAAAGACAACGUCAAGGCGAUCUGUCCCUUCUUGGAACGUAUGUCCGCUGCGUUGCAGGAAGACUUUCUGGAUGAUAUUAUACAGUGUGUGGCUAAUAUGAAUUUGCGUGAAGCCGAUAUCAAUACAAAAGAUUUCAAAUUUAUUGCGCCGUAUAAAUUAGUGGUAGUCUAUGCGCGAAAGCCGAACGAGUUUUUGAGUAGUAUGUUCGAAGAGACGGAACGUGCGGCAAAGCGCUUGAUUUAAGUGUGGCAUUCCACAAAGUAGCCAAAGUUGUAGGGAAAUUUGUAGUUUAAUAGCUUAGUGAUAUUAAUCUAGUUAGUAAAAGUGUUUUCAAUUUAAUUUUAUUGGUAGUUUAGUGUGUUCGAAAGUAGUUGUAACCUCAAAUUUAUGUGUUCUUUUCAACAAUGCUAUUAAGUCUUAAGUUGCACUUUGUUGCAGUGAGAAAUUCUUUUUUAUAUGCCAACUGAUGUGUUAUUAUGCCCUUCGUGAGGUAUAUUUUACUACAAAAGCUCUCAGAAAAUAUAGACGUAUGAGCUUUAUUAAAGCUUUCUUACAGUGGCUUCCAAAAUAUACUGCGUUAUAAAGUGGAAUUAGGUUGUGUAUUUGUUUUUGUGAUAAUUUUUCAUAAUUUUCGAUAUGGAUCAACAUAUAAGCACACAUUGUAGAACUAAAUCAUCUCAACCGGAUUGGACCAAGAGUUUUCAAAAAUUCUUAAAAUUAUAGUAAAAGCACUGCUGUGUUCGAAAGAUUGGAGUAACAACGGAAAAAUUACAAUAUGACAAUCAAGCCGAUUCUUCUACAACUCUAUUAGGUGUCUUAUAAACAGAAAUCCAUCUCAAAUACCGACAAAUUAAUUAAUGAUGACCUUUUAACAUUUCAUGGAAUCUACAGUUAGGCUUAUUUGAGAUCCAACAGAGGCAAUACCUACAUAGUUAACUUAAAAUAUUUCAAUCCUUAAACCGA